AUGGCCUUCAGACCGCUGCUACGGCAGCGCGCCCUCGGCCCGGUCGUCGCCGCCGCCGCCGCCGCCGCCGCCGGUGCUGGCAUCGUUGCGUCUCCGCGCAUCCUCCAUGCCGAGGAGCCUCCCGCAGACGCCUCCGACCGCAAACCCAUCUACGACGACUCCCCCCUCGAUGCCACCCUGCCGGCACCCGCCAAACCCGCCGCUCCGUCCACACCCCCAGCACCAGCCGGGUCCUACCGCCCCACGCCCACCGACCGCCUCGCCGUGCGAAUCGGCCACGCUCGCAUGGCCCUCUACGAGCAAGCCACAAAAGCCGAAGACGCCGUUAAUGCCGCUCUCACCGAAACCCUGCGCCUGGAGCACUCCUUCACAUCCACCAUCCGCGGCCUCGCACCUCCCAAAGAGUCUGGCGAGAAGGUUUUCCCAGGUGUGCUGUAUGUCCUGGUAGCCACUAUGGCCGGCAGCAUCAUAACGCGGAACCGGAACAUCCUGCUCCGAGCCACCGUACCUGCAGCAAUCGGCGUGGGAGCUGCAUAUGCCGUGCUGCCGCUCACAAUGAAGAACGUCGGAAACCUGGCCUGGACAUACGAGGAGAGGUAUCCCGCGCUCGCCGAUGCGCAUUUGAGGACAAAGGAACGCGUGACGCGCUUCUGGGAGACAGGGAAGGCCCAUUCGGCCAUGACAGUGGGCAUGGUACAGGACAAGGUGGGUGAGACAAGGUCGAAAAUGGAGGAGUGGGUGAAGAAAGGGAAAUAAACCGUCUUUUCCUUGGAUUGUUGAUCAGGGUAAAGGCCCCUAGGUCACUGUAACUCACUGUACCAGUAGUUGAUACAAGGGCUGGGCGCUCGUGCACGCAGUCAUACAAGUCUUCAUUUGUUACAUACUGUAGCCCAGACCUGCGGUGCCGACAUCGUCGUUUUGCAACAUCAAAACACAACAGUGGACACAUCACUGAAGCACUUCACGAACCUCCAGGCCACCAACAAGCACCAGUUCCCAAAUUUUACCAAGAGAUCCAUUCGGGUCCUAUAGUACCAAGCCUACAGUUC